AUGAAAAUUAUUAUUAAAACAUUGAGCGGAUAAAACUUUCCUUUAGAUGUGGAAGGAACAGAUACAGUAUAUAAUCAAUCUAAUUAUUUAAGAUUUCAGUUGUGAAAGAAAAGAUCUUUUAAGUGAAAUAAUUUGAAGUAGGGCAACAAAAAUUAUUAAGAAAAGGAACACUCUUGGAUGAUAAAACAACUAUUGCAGAAUUGGGAAUUUAAGAAAAUGAAUUUUUAGUAGUCAUGGUUAAUGCCAAAGUAUUUUAUUUUAUUUAAAAUUUUCAUAGAAAACAGCACCUCAGUAGCCAUAGCCAGUUUAACAACCACCAGUCUAAUAACCUGCUCAAUAAUAACCAGCUCAAUAACCUGCUUAAUAAGUGCCACCACAAUAAUAGCCUUAACCUUAAGGAGCUCCAGUUGUAAAACCAGCAGCAUCUGGAACAGGAUUGCUAUCUGGACCAGAGUACGACAAAGCUAUUGAAGAGUUAAUGUCUAUGGGAUUCUAAAGGGAAGAAUGUGUAAAUGCUAUGAAGGCAGCAUUCAACAAUCCUGAUAGAGCUGUUGAAUACUUAUUAAAUGUAAUAUUAAAUUCUAUAAUUAGGGCAUCCCUCCUGGUGCUAUAUCUAAUCCUCCUGCUCCAGUUGUUGGUGGAUAAGGAUAACCACCUGCAGCUUAAUAACCAGUUGGUUAGCCAGCUUAAUACUAAUAAUUAAGAUAAUUGUACUAAUAGAAUCCAUAAGCUGUUAUGCAAUUGAUACCUUAAUUGAUGCAACAACUUUAAUAGACUAAUCCUGAGUUACAUGCAUAAGUUGCAUAAAACCCUGAAAUGUUAUUACAAAUUCUUAUGGGAGGAGGAGGAUAAUAAGGCCCACCUCCAGGAUCUAUCUAAUUAAGUUAAUAAGAAUUUAAAGAUAUUGAAACUGUAUUUAUAUUUAUAAUAUUUUAGAUUAUGGGAUUAGGUUUUACUAAAUAAGACUCAUUAGAAGGUUAUUUAGCAUGUGAUAAAAAUGUUGAGAUGGCAAUUAAUUAUUUAUUUGAGAAAUAAGCAAAUGGAGAUCUAUUUAGUAUAUUCUUAAUUUAACCUUAGCUUAACAUGUUUAAAGAGAAUAAGCAAAUCCCCCAAAUCAACAACCACCUGGUGGAAAUGAUGGACCAAUGGAUGAAGAAGAUGACGAUGAUGUUUAUUAAUGA